UAACUAGGCCUUUAAUUACCGGUCGUUCUUUAGGAGGAGGAAGUCUUCCCUGCGUCGUUUCGACUUGAAAAAUCUCCAUCUUAACCUCCUCAAUCGUGUAUUCCUUAUACCUCUCCAAAUUCCAACCUCCGUUUCGCAACUGUUUCGAUUACUUCCUCUUCUUCUCUCUCUUGUAUUCAUCGAAGUCUUGUGUUUGUGUGUAUAUACUUAGAUAUAGAAUUAGGGCAGAGAUCAGCUGGAAAACGUAGGAUUGAUCGAUUUAGAGAGAGAAAGAAAGAAGGAGAUUUGAAAGUGUAUAUAUAUAUAUAGCGAGAGAGAGAGAGAGAGAGAGAGAGAGAGAGAAUAUGGCUCCGACUGUGGCCGUAGCUACGGCGUCGAAACAAGCAGAACAACUCAGGCAAGAUGGAAAUACCUACUUCAAGAAAGAUCGAUUCGGCGCCGCCAUUGAUGCCUACACCGAGUUUAUUUGAUUUUUGUAGGCAAUUACUUUGUGCCCUAAUGUUCCUGUAUAUUGGACCAAUCGCGCUUUAUGUCAUCGCAAGCGCAAUGAUUGGACAAAAGUUGAGGAGGAUUGUAGAAGAGCCAUUCAGCUUGAUAACAAUUCUGUCAAGGUUAGGGGCCCACUAUAUGCUUGGGCUUGCAUUGCUACAGAAGGAAGAAUAUGCUGAAGGAAUCAAGGAAUUGGAAAGAGCUUUGGAUCUUGGGAGGGGUGCAAACCCUAAGAGUUAUAUUGUAGAGGAGAUAUGGCAGGAGCUUGCAAAAGCUAAAUACCUGGAAUGGGAGUAUGAAUCUAGCAAGCGUUCUUGGGAAUUGCAAAGCUUGAAAGAAGCUUGUGAGUCUGCUCUUAAGGAGAAACAUUUACUCGAUAUUUGUCAAAUGGAAGGGUUUUUAGAUAAAGCUACUGAUGCCCAUUCAGCAGAAUUGGAGGCUCUAGAACGAGUGUUUAGCACGGCUGCAGAAGCUGACACGCCAACAGACGUGCCAGAUUACCUAUGUUGUAAAAUUACGCUUGAUAUUUUCCGUGAUCCUGUCAUUAGUCCUAGUGGGAUUACAUACGAGAGGGGGGUGAUCCUUGACCAUCUUCAGAAGGUGGGAACGUUUGAUCCGAUCACACGGGAACCUCUUAGUGAAUCCCAGAUGAUACCAAAUUUGGCCAUAAAAGAAGCAGUCCAAGCCUUUCUAGGAAAACAUGGUUGGGCAUACAAGAUGGAUUGAAAGUUAUUUCGUCAAUGAGAGAACUCAAGAAGAGCUGAUCGUUUUGCAUAGUAUGUCGUCAACAAUGAUCUAGUAUUUGGUUUCACCUCUCAAUUCUCAUUUUGAUGCAUUAGGCAAUCGUGUUCGGUAUGUAAUUUUCACAUUUGUCCAAUAUGUGAGAUAGUAGCAUUAGUCUUCUUGAAUUGUUUCAGUUAUUAUUAAUAUCAUUUCUUGUACUCUGUACAGUUUAUUGAACCUAUCUUUGAGAUGAGUUUGGUAUGUUGUAAGAAGAGAAUGCCUUCUCAUUGGCAAUAGAAAUCAACUGCCUUUCGUCUGAGUAAAAUUUGGCCUGAAUGCCAAUGAUGUCUUUUA